AUGUUUGCAAAGCAUUUCAGAAUGCUUCCUCAUGUAACCUCAUUUGGAGAUAUAAUUCAGCUUUCCAAUGUUAUGGUAUUACUUUGUUUGUACUUUAUGAAAACUCAUGGUGGAGAAGUAUAUGUUGUUUUUAAUAAGAAGUCCUCUACCUUUGCUGUAUAUGAUGGAAAUGACAAUGAAAGGCUUCUUCCUUAUCAAACUUACCCAAUAAUUAUCCAGAGAGACGUAGGCAAGAAGCUCAACAAUCCUCUUCCCCUACAACCCGAACAAUUGCAUUUGUCAAGAGAUAUCUUAGGUACUUUUCCUACCCUCGAAACUGUGUUGAGGGUGGUGUUUGACCAAGGUACCAAGAAGCAUGGCCUCCACUUGCUACAUAUUGGGAAGUGGAUGAAAUUUAUCAAUGUAUAUUGUGAUGUAAAUGGAGGAUUCUGGCGUGGUUCAUUUACACCUUCAACAAAGUUUAGAUAUACUCAUGAUAAGCACCGUCUCAUAUUAGAGCGCCAAAGGUUACAUGCUUUUACUAAGACCGUUACUUAUGAUAUGUCUCGUUUGAUUGUUCCACACAAGGUGAAGUACAAAGAUUUACCGGUUGUUACUUUAAUGGAUGUUCAUACAUAUCCAGAGAACAAACUUUUUUGGCAAUCAACCCCCAUCGAUGUACUGACAAGGAAGCGAAAUGCAUUGCUCAGAGUGACAACGAAUGAUGAUGGAAAGCAAGUGGAAGAUGGUAUUGCUAAAAAUCCACCAUGGUUGCAAUGUUGCCUGAAAUCUUAUUCUUUAGAUAAAUCAAAUAUCUAG